AUUUGCUUUACAUGAUCAUGGCUUUUGGACAUAAGAACACUAUCAGAAUGUUCAGCUUACUGUUUGAAUCAUGACCCACAUGCCACUUUACCAAUCCUCCAACGUUAAAGUGUCUACAUCCCUAAGCUGCUUUUCUAUCUUCUAUGCUUUUUCUUUCGUAUUUGUCUACUUUCUUUGAACUGUACUAAGAUUCCACAACCUUUCUUUUGCCUUCAAUUAUUUUUCCUUUUUCUUGCUCAUUAAGCCUUCCAACUCUCACUCACUAGCCCCCUUCUAACAAGAUAAUCUCAACACUCUCAAUAGUUUCUUGAGUUUCAAACUUGGACGACCAACAUCCAACCAUGGUGAGAACAUCCUCCAAGAAGAUCCCAAUUGUUAUACCAAGCGAUGAUGAAAACUUUUACACUGAAGUUUCUACACCCUCAAAACGCACACCUCCUUCAACCUCUAAGUUGCACAGAAAUGACAAGUCAAUUGACUCAGUUUCAGGUAAAGCCAAGAGAAGGCUGUGCAUGUGUUCAGAACCUGAUAUUGAGGACUAUGGCGAUUUUCUAAAGAAGAAGGAGAAGAAGAUCAAAGCAGAUAACAACACGUUACUCCACCGGUUUAGGAGCAAGAAAGGCUUGUUUGUCACCGAUGUCACCAAAACUGAAUGGUGUGAAAGGCAAAUGGAGUUUUCUCUUUUCUCUGAAGAAUGGAAGAACAAUGAAGGCAGGCCAAUGGAUUCUGGAGGAGGAAGGAGGAACAGUGAAGCUAUGAAAGCUGGUAGAAAUCGACAUGUUCAACUUGAACUGGAGGUUCACUCUUGGGUGGAACUGAAGGUGAAGUCACGUGAGGAUGACAUGGCAAUGAAACUUGUUAACUUCAUAAAUGGGGUGAAUCAGUUGGCGUAUGAUGGGUUAACACGCGAGCUUCCAAUACUGAGUUUUGCUUUUGCAGAAGGCAUAUGGAUGGUGGGGAAGAUCGAUGAAGUUCAAAUGCCUAAAGCAAAGAAAGAUCGUAAUCCGAUACUAAUUGAGACAAAGACUCGUUUCCAAGACACGGUUCCUUCAGAAGCACAGAAAAGAAACGGAAGGAUUCAGCUAAUGUGUUACAAGUAUUUGUGGGACAAUUUAGUUGCACAUGCUCAUCAUGAUUUCCCACGCAAACAGUUGUAUGAUUAUUUUGAGUUGAAUCCACGUCGUACUCUAAGUAAAGAUCUACAAGCAGCGUGUGAAGAAUCUGGAUUCACAGCACUGACCCUUGGUGAUGUGGUGAGGUGUUACCAAAAUACAUGCAAGAUGCUGCCACCUUCUAAUAAGAAGUUAGUGUUGAGAUAUGAAUCUCAGAGGGACCAUUCAGUGCUGGAUGAAGAAAAGAUUGCAUAUGAUGAGGGUUGGGUGAAGAGUGAAAUAGGGAAUUGUCUUGAGUUGUGGCUUGGACAGAGAGAAGCCAGUUAUGUGGCUGAGGAUGAGCAAUGGAAGUGUGGUUACUGUGAUUUUGUUUCUGAGUGUCAAGGAUACACUGAUACCGACAGUGAGAGCACUCAAUUUGUAAGUGAUUACUCAAGUGAGUAGAAAGAAAUGUAAUGUGAUGUAGCAUAACAAAAAUAACAAAAAUUCUGCAGUCAUUUUA